UUUUUCUAGUUUUAACAUUUAGUUUUUGAAAUUACUUAAUUUCUUUUCUAGUUAAUUUAUAUCGAAUUUUCGAAAUCAUGGCUUCCGCAACAACUAAAAAAGGUUGUUUAGAAAAAAUAUCAUGUCGACAAGUAUUAAACAUCAUGGUAAUAAUUGGUUUUAUGAUAAAUUAUAUGUUGCGAGUGAACAUAACAAUAGCAAUAACGGCAAUGGUACCAAGUCCCACAACAAAUGUGACUAAUAAUACAGAUAACGCAACGAUGGAGCCAACUUCCGAGUUAUUUAAUUGGGAUAAAUACCAACAAAAUAUGAUUUUGGGUAGUUUCUUUUGGGGAUACGUCUUGACUGAGCUACCUGGUGGUCACAUGGCGGACGCAAUCGGUGGUCAUAAAAUAUUUGGAGGUGGAACAUUAGCUGCUAGUAUCCUAACUUUAUUAACCCCAUUAGCUUGUUAUUGGGGUUUUGUUCCUGUAGUACUUAUCCGUGCCCUGCUAGGUUUCUUUUUGGGCGCGACGUGGCCUGCUUUACCUCCAAUCGCUGCCAAAUGGAUUCCGCCAAUGGAGCGAUCGAAAUUCGUGGCGAACAUGAUGGCUUCUUCAUUGGGGGCUGCAAUUACAAUGCCGGUAUGCGGCUUGCUCAUAGACAAAUUGGGAUGGGCUAGCGUUUUCUAUUUGACGGGUGGGUUAAGUUUGGUUUGGUCUGUUGCGUGGUUCUUUGUAGUGUUCGAUUCGCCAGCAACGCACCCGAGGUGUAGCGCCGAAGAACGGAUGGAAAUAGAAACGGCUAUCGCUCAACAUACCAAAGGAAAGAAGCCCAAAAAUGUCCCGUGGAAAGCCAUUUUUACGUCACUACCAGUUUGGGCUAUCGUCGUCACUCAUGGAUGCUCCGUUUUUGGGUAUUUCACGGUGGUCAAUCAACUCCCAACGUAUUUCAAGGAUGUUUUGAAGUAUAAUAUUAAAGAAAACGGGUUAUACUCCAGUUUGCCAUAUUUAGGUAAAUAUUUAAUGGCGAUAAUUAGCAGUUAUUUAGCAGAUAAAUUGCGGCGCAACGGAAAAUUCACAACGACGUUUAUUAGAAAAUCGUUUACAACAUUCGCGGUAGGUUUUCCAGCCGGUUUUAUGGUUCUCCAAGCGUUUUUCGGUCAAAUAUCGGCUAUUUCAAUAACGAUAUUUACCUGCUCUCUCUUUUUUAAUGGAGCUGUAACGGCGGGUUAUCUGGCAAAUGGUUUGGAUAUAGCCCCAAAUUUUUCGGGGACAAUCUUCGGAAUGGCUAAUACAUUAUCAUCAAUGGGUGGUUAUAUUUCGACCGCUAUCGUGGCCGCUUUAACCAACAAAAGUUCAACGUUCUCAGAAUGGAAGUGGGUUUUCUGGAUUUUAGCAGGAAAUUAUGCUUUGGGUACUUUGGUUUAUUUAAUUUUUGGAACUGGUAAAUUACAAGGAUGGAAUUCGGUUGAACGUAGACAAAGUGAGAACGGCGUUAAAAGCGAACAAGAAUUAGAACCGCUUAAAAAGAAAAACGGGGAAAUUCCCGCUUAAAAAUUAGCAUUAAGAAUAAAUUAAUAAAUUAAAUAAAGAGUUGUACUUAUAGGAUUAAAUCUGAUUACAAUUUGAAUAGGUAUUUUGUAUUUUAAUUUUUUUUUUUUGUAAAUUGUGAUUAUUUUUUUACUAAAAUAUAUAAAAACGAAUCAAGA